CCAUCCUUCCAUUCCUCCACCGAUCGAAACUAUUUUUUCAGACUAAAACUUCAAGUUGUUCUACAAUGGCUGCCGCCGCCACCUCCACAAAGUCUCUAAUAAUUGGCUCCCUUCUCCUCUCGUUUCUCGCCAUCCAGCUAGCUCGUGCUGAUCAUCCGCCGGCACCGGCGCCCUAUGCUCCCAAAUUCGAUUGUGGGGGUGCUUGCGACGCCAGGUGUCAGUUAUCCAGCAGGCCCAACCUAUGCAAGAGAGCUUGUGGGACUUGCUGCGUCCGGUGCAGCUGUGUUCCUCCCGGGACAGCCGGUAACUACGACAAGUGCCCUUGCUACGCCGGUUUGACCACCCACGGCGGAGUCCGCAAGUGCCCUUGAUGAUAAGUGUUUUGUUCCGGUCGCCGGAGAGAGAGAGGAAUUGGAGAAAGAGGGUUAGAUGUACUGCUUCUUGUAAUUUGUGUGUAUGUUUCCGUUUUUUUUCUUUUUUUGCCCUUCUUCUUUUUACAGGGUACUGUUAAAGUGUCAUUAGAGGUAUCAUCAUGACUGCAAGCAAAUAAUCCGGUGAUAAAAAGGCAAUAAAAGCUACAUGGAUGUUAUUUGUCACGUAAAUGUCAAGGUCUGAAUGUGACUUUGGACUUUGUUCGAGCAUUAAUUAUUAUUUUUAUUGUUAGAAUGUCGAUUACUUCUUGGGACUUGGAGUUAUUUUCUUGGGUAAUAAAAU